AAAUCGUUUCAGCAUCGACGUGCAUCAGGAAGUGAAACAAACAUGGCUGUCUCGGUGAACAAAGGACUCAACACCGUGGUGUUUCUUCUGUAUUCAUUGAUAUCAGGUUUGUUUGCUUUGUUACGCUUAUGUGACUUAGGGUUUCUAGUCCCAUGCGUUGAGUAUAACAUGCGUUCAUACUUACAUAUAUUAUAACACUUACUAGAAAAAAUAAACAAUGACAGCGGGCAAUGAGUGAACUUCCCAUCUACUAAAGUCUGUAAAAGUUAUUUGACAAAACAUGCCUUCAAGUAACGCACUUAAUCAAAACGCAGCAAUCAUUAGCACCAUUUUGGGGGGAUUUCAUUUUUUCCUGUCUAUUCAACACAUUGUUACAGAAAUACACAGUAUAUCUAAAUAUCCAGAGAACUAUUAUUUGUGGAUAAAUAAAUGGAUAUUUCAAUGGUAUAGGUCCCUCAUGUUUUUCGGUAGUGUCUCGUGCAUAGGUGUGUUGAUAUGUUGUAGCUUGACCUACAUGCAAACACCUACAGAAUAAACGUGUUAACUUGAUCUGAGCUCUCUAGGAGUUGAGGAAUCUGUUAAAAUGUCGCCCCAUCAAGUGUGAUGAAUAGCGUUCAUUCGAUUCGAAGUACACGAAAACAUUCAAAUUAUUUUCCCUCUUCAAUAUUAAUAAGUAAAAAUAUGAUCUUAUGCUUGUCUAGGUUGUGUUGGUGGUGAGAGCUGCUAUGACUUUACGACUUUCACCUACAACUAUUGUGCUGGUGAAUGUUGCUCUUAUGACAGAAGCCAGUGCUGCUCUGUCAGAGUCAAGUAAGUGCAGGGUUGAACACUAAACAGGGAACUAAUGUUAGCGAUACAUGUUCCUCUGCUUGUGAAGUUUGUGUGUCAUCUGUUUCAUUUCUUUGGGUCAUCUGCCCAUGUCAUCUAUUUGUGUCAUCUGUUUAUGUUAUAUGUCCAUUUCAUCUGCCUAUGUCAGCUGUCCGACCCAUAUUUCCAUGUCACUUGGCUGUGUCAUCUGCCUGUGUCACCUGUCUGUAUCAUCUGCCUGUUUCACCUGUCCAUGUCACCUGUCUUUGUCGCCUGUCCAUGUCACCUAUCUGCAUCAUCUGUCUUUGUCGCCUGCCCAUGUCAUCUGCCUGUGCCACCUAUCAAUGUCACCUGCCUGACUCAUCUGUCAGUGUCAUCUGCCUGUGUCACCUGCCCAUGUCACCUGUCUGUGUUAUCUGCCUAUGUCAUCUGCCCAUGUCAUCUGCCUGUGUUACCUGUCCAUGUCACCUGUCCGUGUUAUCUGUCUGUGUCAUCUGCAAAUAUAAUCUGCCUGUGUCACCUGCCCAUGUCAUCUGCCUGUGUUAUCUGUCUGUGUCACCUGCCCAUGUCAUCUGCUUGUUUCAUCUGUCCAUGUCAUCUGUGUCACCUGCCCAUGUCACCUGCCCAUGUCAUCUGCCUGUGUCAUCUGACAUGAGAAAGGUGAAAAUGUCAAUGUAAUCACGGCCAGUGUUUAAUGUUGCUAGGAUUGUUGAAACAAGGGACAUCAUCACUUGGAAAAAACAAAUUGAAUAAUCAUGUUGGUAACACUGUCACAGGUGUCAGAGUCAUAUGACAUGGACAGAUGUCAAGUCAUAUGACAUGGACAUGUGUCACAGUCAUAUGAUAUGGACAGGUGACACAGUCAUAUGACAUGGCCAGGUGACAGUCAUAUGACAUGGGCAGGUAUCACAGUCAUAUGACAUGGACAGGUGUCACAGACAUAUGACAUGGACAGGUGACACAGUCAUAUGACUUGGGCAGGUGACACAGUCAUAUGACAUGGACAGAUGACACAGUCAUAUGACAUGGACAAGUGACACAGUCAUAUGACAUGGACAGGUGACACAGUCAUAUGACAUGGACAGGUGUCACAGUCUCGAGAUCACAGAUAAUUGUAUUGCUUUUUGUAAAUCAUUUUAAGUUUUAGUUCUUUCGUAGUGACCUGUUCUGAUUAAAAUUGUAGUAUUCCACUACAUUCCUAAUGGAAACACAUCACAUUUUACACACCCUGUCAAUGAUAUAAUAUUUUUUUUUAACCAUUUUGUGAAAUCAAUGUAUGUUUCAGCAUUGGACUAGUAACAGGGCUUUCUAUAGGAGGCAUCAUCCUAGUGGUCAUCAUAGCUGUGUCUGCCUGUAUUUGUCGCAGGCGCUACUACAGCGGUGUCAUUGUCCACACCCAGCCUGCUCAACCAUCAGUUGUUGUGGCACAGAGUGAGUCUCUUUCUUUACAAGUUACUGGCAAAACUAAAUUAUUUAAAUUUAAAUUUGAGAUCUACAUAAUUAUUUUUUAAAGCUUUCAUCAUAUAUAUUUUUAAAUGGUUUCAUUAAAUACAAAGGCUGAAUUAAAAUUGUCAGUCUCCCCAAGCAGGCUGAAUUAAAAUUCUAUGCUACAAAAAAAAAUUAAAUUAAAGGAUAAAAUUUAAAUAUCAACUAUGUAUUUUUCUUUUACAUUUCUCAGGUACAACAACCAAUCAAAGUGGUAUGAUGGCAACAGGGGGCUACCAGCCCGGAUACAAUCCCCAGCCUUAUGGAGCUUAUCCGCAAUAUCCUCAGGGAUAUCCUGCUGCUGGCUAUGCACAAGGACCUCCAAGUUAUGAUGCUGCCAGUCACAGGGAGGGUGGCAGAGUCAAUCCAGGCUACAAAGGCUGAAGUCAUUUUGACUUGGUGCAAUCAACUUGAUAUUUUUUCAUAAGUUUCCAUUGAACACUUUUCCUCCAUCUUUACUUUUUUUUACUUUAUAGAAACUAAAAUACUUGAAAAAACUCUUUUAAUCAAAUAAAUAUGUUUUAAAAUAUGUUUAUAUAUAUCAAUUUGGUUUUAAGGGCUCUAAUUUGGAUUCAUUUACGACAAUGAUAUGUAUUUAACAUAAGCACAAUUUUUUUUGUAAUUUUCAUUUAAAUGAUAUUAUACCAUUACGGCUAUUCUGUAAGAAAUAAAAUAGCUUUUAUCAAAUGUUAUAUUUAAUGGUGGGAUUUUGAAAUAUAUUUUUUUUUUACCCACUUGCAUAUGAGAAAAGAACUUUUCCUCCCUUACAUAACUCUGCCAUGGGUUUUUCAAGAAGUUACAAAGAUUUCUUUACCUGGGCUAAUAUAUUAUAAAAAUAAGUCAUUUGGAAGUUUGCUUUUAUUUAACUUUAUUUCUCUCUGCAAUGUUGAAGUUACAAAGAUUGUUUUACUUGGGCUAAGAUAUUAUAAAAAUAAGUCAUUUGGAAGUUUGCUUUUAUUUAACUUUGUCUCUCUCUGCAAUGUUGAAGUUACAAAGAUUGUUUUACUUGGGCUAAGAUAUUAUAAAAAUAAGUCAUUUGGAAGUUUGCUUUUAUUUAACUUUGUCUCUCUCUGCAAUGUUGAAGUUACAAAGAUUGUUUUACUUGGGCUAAGAUAUUAUAAAAAUAAGUCAUUUGGAAGUUUGCUUUUAUUUAACUUUGUUUCUCUCUGCAAUGUUGAAGUUACAAAGAUUGUUUUACUUGGGCUAAGAUAUUAUAAAAAUAAGUCAUUUGGAAGUUUGCUUUUAUUUAACUUUGUCUCUCUCUGCAAUGUUGAAGUUACAAAGAUUGUUUUACUUGGGCUAAGAUAUUAUAAAAAUAAGUCAUUUGGAAGUUUGCUUUUAUUUAACUUUGUCUCUCUCUGCAAUGUUGAAGUUACAAAGAUUGUUUUACUUGGGCUAAGAUAUUAUAAAAAUAAGUCAUUUGGAAGUUUGCUUUUAUUUAACUUUGUUUCUCUCUGCAAUGUUGAAGUUUCAAAGAUGAAUAAAAAAUACUAUAUAGAUAAAGAGAUAAUCUUUUUUUUUUUUUAGGUGUAAUGGAACUAAAUGGGAACAGCUGGAACUAGUUGACAUUUAACAUUAAAAGUCAUUUCUCCUUAUUUUAGGGGUUUGAAACACCUGUAGACGACUGCUAUAAACAUUUUUUAUUGGAUACCAAUACACAACUUUAUAAUGCAGUCUGGCGCAUCAAAUAAAUGACAUUUAGAAAUGACCAAUUAAAAAAACUAUUAAAAAAUUACAUUUUGGGUUGUAUUUGAAAAUGCAAACAAACGCAUGCAUGCACAUAACUACUUAAAACUACUCAUACAUACAUACAUAUAUAUAUGUGUGUGUAUAACGUAUGUACAACUGGAGGUGACACAUUUUAAGGCCUAUACAAUAUAUUUACAUUUUUUUUAAAAUACUCCAACUAACCCUGACCCCCCCCCCAAGAAAAUCAUUGAUAUCAAGCAUUAUGGUAGGCCUACUCUUUUUAUUCUUCACUACAGCAAUGACCUUUGUACUCUUUGCAGUUUCAUAAUAAAAAGUCUAUGAGACCAAAUCUAUGCAAAUGAUAAAUAUGUGUCAAAAUACCUAAAUCUGUUUUAGCAUGACAUUGAAAGUAGCUUAUUAUGUUUUAUUUGAUCACAAUAUCAGAAAUACAUUUUAUCAUAUUU